CUGAAGUUUGAGCUGUAUGUAUAGGACUAACGCAGCAGGGGGAAGCAAAGCGUCUCUGCACCGGUUGAGGACGGGGGAUAUCUGAUUGCGUUCACAGCCAAACAUCUUGGACUGGAAGAGACCAUUCGGUCCGUGAGAGCUGGGCCCCCUGCGUGUUGUUCCUCUCGCACCCUUUGCAGUGAAAUGGGCAGAAGCCACGACCGGUCAAAGUGCGCCCAAGGAAAUCCCCGACCCUGAAUGGAACGUUGCAACAUUUCACCGAAUUGAUACAUUUCACCAACGCGGGAAUUAAAGGAGCCGCGACGCCGGGUCUUUGCCUCAUUCACAUCAAAUGUCUGGGCGGGAAAGUGCUAUGGCGGUGUCUCCUUACUUUACACGGGGGGUAUUGACUCGUAGCAUGAACCGAGGAGCGUUCGAGCUCGGCAAAAGAGAGGGGACCGGCUCCGCGUUGGGAAGGAAGCUCAACAGGUCGGCCCAGUCCGGAUUAGAUAACUCCCCGGACCGUGGGACGGAUGGCACCGCCGGUGAGAGCCAGGGUGCGGGCUCCGUUCUCAAACGUGCACCGAGGCAGAAGAGGAAGAGCGUGCAGAUUGUGAGCGAUUCCGAGCAAGUUAGCGGAGAGGCAAAGGCCGAAUGGGAACCGGGACGCUGGAGGGAACAGUUGGAUAACAUCAGGGAGAUGAGGAAGGGCAGGGAUGCUCCCGUAGAUCACAUGGGAGCUGAACAGUGCUUUGACAAAACUGCAGCCCCCGAGGUUAUGAGAUAUCAGGUCCUCCUGUCACUCAUGCUGUCUAGUCAGACCAAAGAUCACGUGACAUUUGCAGCUAUGAAGCAACUCAGGGAUCACGGCUUGACGGUAGAGAAUAUUCUCAAGAUGGACGACAAGACACUGGGGGAACUCAUCUACCCAGUGGGAUUUUGGAGGAACAAAGUGAGAUACAUCAAACAGACCACAGCGAUCCUGAAGGAGCAAUAUGGUGGUGACAUUCCCAACACCGUCAGCGGACUACUUCGCCUUCCAGGAGUGGGACCGAAGAUGGCCCAUCUCAUCAUGAAGUUAGCCUGGGGCCAUGUGUCUGGCAUCAGUGUUGACACCCACGUGCACAGGAUCGCAAACCGGCUACAGUGGCUCAAAAAGGAGACCAGAACUCCCGAGGAAAGCAGACUGGCGUUGGAAGAGUGGAUGCCACGGGACCUCUGGAGUGAGAUCAACUGGCUGCUGGUGGGCUUUGGUCAGCAGAUCUGCCUGCCAGUGAAUCCUCGUUGCUCUGGAUGCCUCAACAGAGAUAUCUGUCCCGCAGCCAAGAACAGCCUCGGGAAAACAAAUCGCAGGCUCUCUCCCAACUCUCCAAAACAGCCGCGCCAAUAGCAGCAAUAAUUAAAUCCUUGUGUUUAAAUGCUCGACCCGGUAUAAAUAAUUCAGAGGAUGGGAGAUGUUUGUCCCAGAAUCAACUGAAACAAAACUGUAUCUGAUGUUGUUGAUGGAUUCCAGUUGCUGCCGGAACAUUGAAGACAAUUGAAUAAUGAUGCUCCCAGUGAGAGCAGUGCACAGGACUUAAAGAGGCAUCCUUAAUCUUGACUGGGUUUCACUGCCUGGUAGCAAAUGCCCUACACUGAUACAGCCAAGUUUCUCACACUACCCAGUCAUCGCACAAUUCAUUACUGGUAAACCAACCGGUAAAACACUGCUGAGCCUUAUUUCUAAUUCACAGGUAAAUGGGUUAAAUCAUCGUAUUUUUUAUGCUUCAUUGGCUUAACUAGUAUCUGUGGUGAUUUACUUGAUCGUGUUAACCAAUGCUUUAAAACUGGAAUAUCAAUCAUCACUCAGUGCAUCUACAAAGCAUAGAAUACAUUUUUGUUUAAACAUGAACAAGUACAAAUGUAAUGAUGAUUGAUCGAGCUGUCUUUUGAGUUGUGAAUAAAUCAUUUAGCAUUGCAUUUCCAGGUUUUUCCCUCUCCCUUGUCACAAACCACUCCUUUAUUGUCACCGCUCUCAUUCUCCAUUCUCUAUCUGGGAGGAACGUAAGACAGGUUCCCUGCCUCCAAGCCUCUAUGUAUCCUGUGAGUAACUUGCUAUGAGUUGCUUGGUGAUUUUCUUUUACUUCUGGAGCUCCCCUUCUCACCUGCAGUGGUUUU